ACGCAUACACAUGGAAGCGUAAAAUUACUUUGAUCGGUAACGUUGUGCACACAAACCGCACCGCUCUAAAUAACCUUUUUCAAAUGAUAAACAAAAACACAGUCUCGUAGCCAUGUCUUCUUUAAGUGCUAAAAUUGGACCUUCUAUUCUAAACGCAGAUUUGUCCCAGUUGCACGAGGAAUCCCAACGGCUGCUGGACAAUGGAGCUGACUACCUGCACUUGGACGUUAUGGAUGGCACAUUCGUUCCGAAUCUUACAUUUGGUCAUCCAGUAGUUAAGUGUUUGCGAAACAAGAUUAAGGAUGCCUUCUUUGAAACUCACAUGAUGGUUCAGGACCCUAAGCAAUGGGUGGAACCGAUGGCAGAUGCCGGUGUUAAUCAGUACACCUUUCACAUCGAACCGGUUAUGGGCAGCGUGGUGGAUAUUUGUCGCAAGGUCCGGGAAGCAGGCAUGAAAGUUGGUCUCGCACUUAAGCCUGGAACACAGGUAGAAACGGUAGCGGAGUUUGUUCCCAUCGCCGACAUGAUACUGAUUAUGACCGUUGAGCCCGGAUUCGGAGGUCAAAAGUUCAUGGCAGACAUGAUGCCCAAGGUACAGUGGCUACGCGAGCACUACCCGAACCUUGAUAUUGAGGUUGAUGGUGGAGUAGGUCCUGCUACGAUCGAUGCAUGUGCGAAAGCUGGUGCAAACAUGAUUGUUUCCGGAACGGCCAUCAUACGAGCUGAUGAUCAGGCGGCGGUUAUCCGACAGCUAAAACAUUCCGUUGAAACAUUCGCAUUGCAUUAGGCGUUCGAUUUGGCUAUAUAAUCUGAUAAUUAUUUUUUGAAUAUAAAAUUUGAAAUUUUA